AUGUCCGCCAGAGUAGGAAAGAAUGUGUUAAUUAAACUAAUAGUCCCAGCCGGCAAGGCUGCCCCAGCUCCACCUGUUGGUCCAGCCCUUGGUUCUAAGGGUGUUAAGGCUAUUGAUUUUUGUAAAGAAUUCAAUGCCAGAACCGCCAAUUACGCUCCACAAACCCCAAUCCCUGCCUUAGUCACCGUGAAACCAGACAGAUCAUUCACUUUUGAAUUGAAAUCCCCACCAACCGGGUACUUAUUGAUGAAGGCUGCUGGUAUUGAAAAAGGUGCCGCAGAAACUGGCGAAGGUAAAGAAUUCGCUGGGCAAGUUAGCUUGAAACACAUUUAUGAAAUUGCUCAAAUAAAGAAAACCGACGACCGUCAUAAAAACUUAGAGCUCCAAGGGAUUUGUAAAUCUAUAAUAGGCACAGCAAAGAGUAUGGGUAUCCAGGUGGUGCUAUAA